GAAUAAAAGUACUUGCUAAAGACAAUGUAUUAUAAAAAUACAUUGUUGAUUAGUUUGGUGUCAUAUUCGGUGAUUUUUAAUUCAGUAAAUGGGGAUAGAGAACCACCGAGUGUAAUAAUUAUUGGAGCUGGGGCUGCUGGUAUUGCGGCAGCAUCGAAACUUUUUCAAAAUGGUUUUACCAAUAUCACUAUUCUUGAAGCCGAAGAGAGAAUUGGUGGACGUCUUUAUACCACACAGUUUGGUGGAUACUUGGUGGACUUGGGUGGGCAAUGGGUGCAUGGAGAAAUUGGAAACGUUGCGUAUGAACUAGCUUUUCCACUUGGAUUAUUAGAAAAAGAUUAUUUUACAAAUCGUAUCCAAGAAUUGUAUGAUUCCUCAGGGACGCUCGUGGACCAGAGAAUGACCAAUGAUAUCUUAGAAUUUUACAUGCAAAUAAGCCAAAAAAACUUUACUGAAAAGCUAAAUGUAUCCAUUGGAGAGUUGGCAACAAAUGAAUUAAAUAAGUACCUUGAAGCACAUCCGGACUGGAAAAAAAAUUCGAAAGGAGUCUUACAAAUGUUUGAAAUGGACCAGCUGGCAAUAGAUGGUGCUGAUUCAUGGUUUGAUGUUUCAAUAUCCGGCACCAGUGAAUUUUACCACAGCCCAGGGGAUACAGACAUAAAUUGGAAGGAACGUGCAUAUGGGUUUAUUUUGGAUAUAUUAAUGAAACGCUAUCCACGUCCUGAAGAAGAGCUACCAGUUGUUAAAAAUACUCUAUUGAAUACAGAAGUAGCUUUAAUAAAUAAUAAAGACACGAGUGGAAAGAAAGUGGCAGUAACAACUAUUAACGGAAACACUUAUUUUGCUGAUCAUGCCAUAGUAACUACAUCAUUAGGAGUUUUGAAAGAACAGCAUCUUAGCCUGUUUCAACCUUCUUUGUCAGAAGAAAAAAUCAAAGCAAUAAAGGCCCUUGGAUUUGGUAGCGAAGCAAAGAUUUUUCUUUCUUUUGAAGAACCAUGGUGGACUAUUGAAGCUACACGCAGUGGAUUGUACUUUCUUUGGAAAGAUGAAGAUAUAGUACAACUCGAAAAUGAUCCAGAAAAGAGUUGGCUUCUGGGCCUACUUGGAUUCUACUUCGUCGAACAUAAGCCGCGACUUUUGUGUGGAUGGGUAUCUGGAAAACAUGCCCGAGAUAUGGAAAAGCUUACAGAACAACAAGUAUUCAAUCAUACCGUUGAAGCACUACAACGUUUCGUUGGAGAAUAUUACAAUGUUACAAUGCCGAAUGGAAUGACUAGAUCUAUGUGGAACAGCAAUAAGCACUUUAAAGGAACCUACAGCUAUCGAAGUAUGAAAGCAGAUGCUGAUAAUGUUUGGCAUGCAACAUUAGCCGAACCGAUUGGUGGAAGAAACCCCGUAAUUUUAUUUGCUGGAGAGGCAACAAAUCCGCAUUACUUUGGUACAGUGAAUGGAGCAAUUGCUUCAGGAUGGCGAGAGGCAGAUAGGCUUAUACAAUUUUAUUCGAAUCUAGAAAAAGUCAAUGGAAGCACUCCUUCAUGAAUUACUUUGAAAUCAUUCAUAUUCUUAUAGCGAUUGUACUCACAGCAGACAUAGGUAGUUCAAUUUAAUGAGCAAAUCUUGAUACUUCACAGAAAAACGCUGGUGUUAAUUUGGUUGCAACCCAAAUUUCAUUGGUCUCCUAAUGAGUAUUUGAAAGAACUUUCAAGUCUCAAAUAUAUUCCUCUGAACGUAGGUGCACAUCUGGGCAUCAAGGGCAAAGUAUCAUUUGGAGACUGAAUUUUGGCUCAAUGCCGAGAGUUGUGGAGUGCUGAACCGCGCUGUCAGCUGCUUGAACACCUG